UCCUGAGUCAAAACAUAAUGAACAUGUUAACAACUUAUAUACAUUUAUUACGCGUAUUAUUUUUUAAGACAACAGUAUAACAGUACAGUACUUUAACAGUAAAUAACAAUAUAUUUGCUAAUUGAGUGUAGCUAAGCAUAACCGGAAACAUUUGCACACGCGCACAUCACACGGCUUUCUGUUAAGGGCGGACCAUUUUGUGUUACACCGUUUGUCGUCCGACAAGAAAACGUACGUGUUUAUCGAGACACCGGCUGUUCCGAUAAUACUUUUAAUGGACGUCGAGGACCAGAUUGAUGCCGAAAGGACAGCACCUUCGGUGAUUGAUCGUUACUACACACGAUGGUACAAAGCUGAUAUGAAGGGUAACCCAUGUGAGGAUCACUGCAUUCUUCAGCAUUCAAACAGGAUAUGUGUUAUCACCUUAGCCGAGACUCACCCUCUCCUUCAGAAAGGGCGAACCAUCAAGAAAAUCAAUUAUCAAAUCAGUAAUGGCUGCAGCCGCUUGAACAACAAAGUGUCGGGCAAGUCCAAGCGGGGAGGCCAGUUUCUUACAGAAUUUGCCCCUCUGUGUCGUAUCACGUGCACGGAUGAAGCAGAGUUCACCAUCUACAGCUGCAUUCGGGGUCGUCUGCUGGAGGUCAACGAGAACAUCCUAGAAACACCUGCUCUCUUGCAAGAAAAGCCGUCCACGGACGGCUACAUCGCCGUCAUUCUGCCCAAAUUCGAGGAGAGCAAGAGCAUCACCGAGAGCCUGUUGAGCAGAGAUGACUUCGAGAAGCUAGUCGCUGGAAGAGACGGCGCGCAAGAGACGGCAAAGGUCUCCUGACGAAGACUUUCUUCAAACUUUUUGUGGUUUGUGGAAGUGAUGCACUGUGCCUUCCGAUUAUUAGAUGCACCUCUUGAAUCGGGACACGAGCUAGCGUGGUCCACUACAGGGAAAAAAGAUAACUCCGCCUAUAUAUUCAUCAUGGUGCUUGUGCUAAAAUGCACUGCGUCACACGGUCAGCUGGUUCUAACACAAAGGUCAUGUUAGAAAAGCAUGAUAAUAAACAUAAAAUAUAUUUUUAAUGAUACAAUUUUUGCAAUAGGCCUAAUUAUGUUCUUAGAUUAGAUUGUACAUAGAGAAAAACUUUUUUUUAUAAUUUUUCGUUUGAAACUGAAAAAUCAUGGCUAUUAGAUAUUGCACUUUCUUGUAAUAUGUUAAAAAACAAAGACACAUUUAAUAAAAAAUAUUG